AAAAGGACUGCGCGAUCGCUUCUUCGCCGGAUUCUACAGGAACUCAGAUCAAUCAUCCUGACGGGUAUGCGGUGAUAAUCAACUUAGCGACCCCCACAUUUCCCCUCGUCUCCAGCCGACGCGCUCAUCCAGCCUCGAUCUGCCCAGCGACUCUUCCCCUCCCCCGCGGUGGUCAUAUACAUCAAUAUCGCUUCGCAAUGCCGCACUCUGUCCCUGUGCCCCCCACGGGCUUCCAAGCCCUCAUCCUCUGCGGACCUGGAGUGUCCCUCACCACGUUCACAUCCUCUCCUGAGGAGCACCCUAAGGCGCUUCUGCCCGUCGCAAACCGCCCCAUGGUCUACUACCCGCUCUCCUGGUGUUAUAGCAUGGGAGUAACGAACAUCACGCUCAUCACCCCUCCUGCCUGUCAAGCGCCGCUCGAGGCCGCCCUUUCACAAAACCCCCACCUCACCUCCCUCCCAUCUCCGUCACCGUCGGUGCUCGCCCCGGCAGACCUGACCCUCACCACCGGAACCGCGGAACUGCUCCGUCUCCCGGAAGUCCAGGCGUGCAUCAAAUCCGACUUCCUCCUCCUUCCUUGUGAUCUGAUCUGCGAUAUCCCGGGCGAGUCUCUUCUGGAAGCAUGGAUGGUCAGCCAGAGCGCGCUGGGCGGCUCGACCAUCCGCACGGGGUGGAACACGGAUGGCCCGAAGACUGUCGGCAUGGGCGGAGAACAGGGAGGUCGUCGCGGCGGUCUCGCGGUUUACUACCAAUCCAAGGGCAUGGAGGAAAGUGUCAAGGGCGAAGUGACCGAUUUCGUGGCCACUGCCCCCCUGGAACAAGACGAGGCCCCCGCCGUAUCCCACCCGCUUGACGGACCUGCUGGCCUGAGAUUCGGACUAUCCAAGCUGGUCCUGUCCAUGCCCAUGGACACAUUAAAGGAGAACAUGGAAGAACAGAAGGGCCUGCUGAUCCGUCACUCCCUCGUGAAGAAGCACGCGCAAGUAAAAAUGUUGACCAGCUACCGCGAUGCCCACGCCUACGUGUUCCCUUACUGGGUCUCACGAAUGGCCGCCCUGAACGAGAAAUUCGAGAGCGUCAGCGAAGACCUGGUCGGGUGGUGGGCGAAAUCCGAAUGGCAAACCGGGCUGGGCGAGAAGCUGCGACUCCGGGAAGUCUUCCAGCAAAAGCACAAGGCUGGCGAGGGCAGCGAGGACGGCGACAACCUGGAGGAAGAAAUCGACCUCAAGGCCAUGAGCACCACCAAGGCCGGCGCCGGCACGCCGCGCGACACCUCGGUGUCCGAAGAGAACGAAUUCCAGUUCGCCUCGCGAGUCAACUCCGGCCUCGACUCCGGCUCCGAGUCCGCAGACACCGGCAAGCUCACCAUCCCCCCGCUCCUCGCGUACAUGCACUCCUCGAAACCCUCCGCCCCGUUGGUCCGCCGCGUCGACAGCUCCGCUCUCCUCCUCUCCGUCUCUCUCCGUCUCGCCAAGCUCGAGUCCGUCGAGGAGGUCGGCCGUACCGCCGCCUCCCCCUUCGCUCACAACCAGAAAGUCGCAUACCCCGCUGGCGUCGCCCAGCGCUGCACCGUCACCAAGUCCGACUGUCUGCUCGCGCCCAACGUCACCGUCGAAGAGAAGUGCGUCAUCAAGGAGACUGUCAUCGGGCCGAACUGCCACAUCGCCAGCGGCGCCCGCCUGACCCGCUGUCUUGUCAUGGACGGCGCCGUCAUCGGCGAGCGGUGCCAACUGACCGGCACAAUCGUCGGACGUCGGAGUAAGAUCGGCCGUGAGAGCGUCCUCAAGGACUGUGAGGUCCAAGAUGGAAACGUCGUCCCCGACGAGACGGACGCCAAGAACGAGAAGUUCAUGGUCUUCGAGGGUCUGGAUGACGAUGAGGACGGCAUGGAUGUAUCAGAGGAUUACGGUGACGAUCAGGACGAUGACUUUUGAAUGAUUGUCGCGUUGGAGCUCCUUGAAACCUAAAAUUACCUCUCUCCCUCUCCUACUUAUAUAGACCGAGAGAGGGAGCCUACUGGCGAUAUAUUACCGGUUAUGAAUUCCAUUGAAU